CAGAUAGAUUUAAAGAAAGUUAAUAUAGAGGCUUUCAAACCAUGGAUUAAUGAAAAAAUUGUUGAAUAUUCAGGAACAGAAGAUGAUGUGCUCGUUGAGUUUGUUUGCACUCAGCUCGAGAUUUUAUUAAUUUUCAAUCAGUCACCUGAUCAGAAGCAGAUGCAGAUUAAUAUGGGUGGUUUCCUGAGCACUCGAAAUGCUCGCAUGUUCACUGAAGAUCUGUGGAGCGAGCUGCAAAUGGCUGUCCUCUCUGACAAUGGAAUGUCACCUGCAGUUCUUAAUCUGAAUCGAGAG